CAAAUGCGCCGAGAAACUCUGCUGCUGCUCGUGCUGCACUCCUCACAGCCCUCCACACACACACACACACACACACACACACACACGCACGCGUGUACACACGCGCGCGCGCGCACAUACACCCAUGCAGCUCUCGCGCACGCACGCGGCGCUGAAGCUCUCUCUCUCUCUCCCUCUUUCUGCGCGUGUUCGCGUUUUAUUUCUAUUUAUGCGACAUUUUAUCAGCUUUAAUUAGUCUCUAUCUUAGCGGAAGAACUCGCGGGGCGCGUGCCAGGUAUUUCUAUCCCAGCACUUCUUCUUUUCUUUUCUUUUUUUUCUUUUAUUUUGGGGGGAAAGAAAAUCAUUUUCGAAGAAGAAGAAGAAGAAGAAGCGAUACCGCGCGACUCGUUUGUGUUUUCAGGUUCGGGCUCCUUUUUUUCUCUCUCUUUUUUUUUUUUUUUUUUUUUGGAAAAAAAGACUGGAUGCAUUUGUAAACAACACGUUCCUGUUUUUUUUUUAAUUUUUUUUAAAUUAUUUAUUUAGUUAUUAUUAUUAUUAUUUUGUCCUCUUUGUCUUUUCUGUCUUUAAUACCUUACUUUUGUGCAUUUUUUGGGGGGAAGAAAACACACCGGAUCUGUUCAAUGCAUUAGAAGAAGAAGAAGAAAACGCAGAAGAAGCGGCGCGCGACUUCACUUGUGCACUUCUUCUUUUUAUUAUUAUUAUUAUUUAUCAAUUCUUUUAAAAGGAAGAUCUCACAUCAGAUGCAUCACCAGAAUUUUUUUUAAAAAAACGAUUAGUGUGUGCAUUUUAUUUUGAGAAGAAAAUACACAUCGGACUUCAUGCAUUAGGAGAAGGCACCAGAAACAGUCGCGCGACUCAUCUUUUCCUCUUUCCUCCCUCCACACGUGCAUUAAGCACGGUGUGUAUUCUGGACGCUUCAGACUCAUGCGUUAGCGCCGUGCGCGGUGUGAUGUUUUCAUUUUGAUUUUUUUUUUUUUUUUUUUUUUUUUUAAAUAUCUACAUAUUUUGGAGUUGUUUUUGUUUCCCGGCGCGAUGUCGUAUCCUCAGGGUUACCUGUACCAGCCCGGCCCGGGCUCUCUGGCUCUCUACCCGCUCAGGAGUGAAGAGCUCGAGCUGGCCGCGCGCUGCUCGUCUUCCUCGUCGUCGUCGUCUUCCUCCUCCUCAUCCUCCUCGUCCACGGGUUCCGCGUUCACUCCGUAUCCCGCGUCCGCCGCUUUCACCGCCUCCGCCGCGGGCGGCUUCGCGAGCGCGCUGAGCUACCACACCGACCCGGCCACCGGCUUCCCCUCCUACAUGGCCUCCCCGUAUGACCCCCCUCCCUCGGCCAUGGCGGCUCCGCUCGGUUUCCCGCCAUACGGCAGUGCGGGAUUCCCUCCGUCCCCGUACCAGCUCAACGACCCCGCGUACCGGAAGAACGCCACACGCGACGCCACCAGCACGCUGAAGGCCUGGCUGAACGAGCACCGCAAGAACCCGUACCCCACCAAGGGCGAGAAGAUCAUGCUGGCCAUCAUCACCAAGAUGACGCUCACGCAGGUGUCCACGUGGUUCGCCAACGCCAGGCGGAGACUCAAGAAGGAGAACAAAGUGACGUGGGGCGCGCGCGCCAAGAGCGAGGACGAGGACGAGGAGGAAGGAGUGCGCGCCGAGCGGAAGGACGAGGAGGACGAAGAGGACGACAAGCAUGCGGACAACGGAGACGCGUCCGCAGAGGACGAGGGCAUCAGCCUCCACGUGGACUCUCUGACCGAUCACUCGGCCGAGUCGGAUGGAGAGAAAGUCCUCUGCAGGAUAGACGACUUCUCCUGCAAGCCUGCUCCCGAAGCGAAAGAGAAACGCUCUGAGAUCGACCUGGCCUCGGGUCACGGGGGUCACGGAGGUCUGUCACCCAAACCCAUGACCUCGUCGCCUCUGACCGGGGUGGAGGCGCCGCUCUUGGACGCGCACCGCGACAAAAACAAGACCUGCGCAGACGUCCAGAGCCAAAACACCAAGCCCAAGCUCUGGUCAUUGGCCGAGAUCGCCACUUCUGACCCCAAACAGCCGCUCCAGAGCCAGAACUGCCCGUCAGGGGGCGGGAUUUGGACCUCCGGCCAAUCGAGCGUGGCUCCCUCAGCGUCCAUCUUGGCCAGGCCGAUUUAUUACACGUCCCCUUUUUACGGCAAUUACGCCAAUUACGGGAACUUCGGGCAAGGGAUCCUGCGCUACGGCUCGCUUCAUAAACACGCUCCCGAGACGCCGAUGCUAAAGGCUAAUCACGCUAACCACGUCCAGACGGAGCAGCACUUCAGGGCCUUGAGCGCGGAGGCCAAGAAAGCAGACUCCGGUGACGUGUGCACACUCGGACCUCAGUCUUACCUCUCCAGCUAAAGACGAAGACGACGAGCAAGUACGUCAUCGGUAAGCGUCCUCAAGCGAGCCAUCCUCCUCUUCCUCCUCCUCCUCCUCCUCCUCCUCCCACGCAGGCGUUAAAUCAUUUCCCCGUACACCGGAUCAUAUUUGGUGUCACCUACAGUUAUGAAAUUUCUGAUAAACAAGGACCUAAACGGACUGAAGGUGUGUUACUGGACAAGACGUGUGCGUUUUAUCGAUUUAAGUAAUUAUCUAACCCGUAAAUAAGGACACGGUUUCUCAGGAUCCCUAACUCUAAGGUUUGGCUUCAUUGCCACGCCGACGGUACGCGGUAAACGUGGGACGUUCGUUUAAAGACGCCCCAACCCCCCCCCCCCCCCCAUUUUUUUUUUUUUUCCAUUUGAGACGUGGAAACGCAGGAAGACGACACGGCGCCGGUGAAGAGUGGAAUAUUUGAUAUUUAUUUUUGUAAAUGAAGGCGAGUCGCCUGUAUAAUUUAUGCAAGUUGUAUUGCAACGACACACACACACACACACACACACACACACACACACACACA